GUUUGCGUGGGCAGAUAUUGAGUUGAGAAUGCUGGACAAGAGUUCCGUGCUCUAUAUCAAUAAGGAAAGAAAGCCAAGUUUCAUUCGUAAUAGGGACGGUAGUCAAGCACUUUCACUUCCUCUUCAUCCACGUGUAUCUACGAAAGUUGAAAAUUUUAUUUUUGACUCUCAAACUAGGUCGACAAAGUUUGACCUGAGAGAUCUUUUUAGACAAUUGAAUACAAGUCCCACUUUAAAGAGUGCCGAUAUUGAGCUGGGUUCCAAUGAAAGAUAUUUUGAAGAAUAUUUGCAUGGAAGCUAUACGUUUGGGGAGUAUUAUGUUGAGGUCGGUAUAGGAGAGAAUGCGACGGUGUAUUUACAGUUAGAUACUGGAAGCUCCAACUUGAUAGUCAACACAAAUAACUGUAGCGACUGCAAUGACGCUCCUUCAAUAACAGUCUCGUCGUUUUCGCAAGUAUCUUGUUCUUCUAGUUCUUGUAGUAGUAAUUUUUGUGCUCCAUCUCCGUAUACUCAGGCUUGUGGUUUCUAUAUUCAAUAUGGCAGUGGUUUAGCAGAAGGCGCUCUGUUAAAAGGUGACGUUGAAAUUGCAAAUAUCACCGCUCAAGAUAUUGUUUUUGGUGGAAUUCUAAAAGAGUCUAAAGACUUCGAACCUACAAAAGUUAGCGGAAUUUUGGGAAUGGCGUAUAACUCUUUGGCCUGUCAACCAACUUGUGUAAACACUUUAUUUGAUGAACUUUACGAACAAGAAAUCAUAAAGCAUCGAAUUUUCACUGUGCUGUUGAAUCCUAGUAAUGGUGUACUGGUACUUGGUGGUGCAGGAAACUUUGAAACCAAUGAAUCAAAUGGAGUCCCCAUUUUACAAGAAAAUGGUGAAUACACGUACUAUAUAGUAGGUUUGAAGAGCAUUAGUGUUGGUGCAGAAAAAGUUUGGAAUUCAUCUAGUGAAGAGAAAGCAAUAGUUGAUACUGGUACUACUCUUCUUUAUGUAACAAGCGAUAUGUUUUCACAACUUGUUUCCUUUUUUGAAUCUUACAGUUCGACAAACCGAGAAUACUGGUCAAAACUAAAAUCGAAUCCUUCAACGAAUACUUACUUUCCCGAGAAUUCUUCUUACAUUUCUAGUCUUCCAAACAUCAGCUUUUCUCUAAGCAAUGAUGUUACUUUAGAGGUUUCCUCUAGUCAAUAUAUCUUGUGCAGUAACAAAGGAUGUGCAUUUGCAAUCGGUGUAGGACCAUCUUCGUUUCCCAAUAUAAUUUUUGGCGAUAUGCUUUUGCAAAACUACUAUGUAAUAUUUGAUCAAGAGUCAAAUGUGUUGGUAUUUGGACCAUCGGUUGCCGUCUCUUCCUUGAAUUUGUCAAACAUGCCAGGUGUGGGCGAUAUUAGCUUGUCAAGUGGCUCAUCAGGUUCAUCGACGAUUCCUACAUAUGGCAUAGUGCUCAUAGUAGUCGCAGCAAUAGCUGUCGCUGGUGUUGUUGGUAUUGGAGUUGCACUUAUAGUGAGAAGAAAAAGAAGACAACGUAUUCUUGAAUCCCCUCAAUAUGCAGCUGGCGUUUAUGGAAUGCGCAUCUGACACUAUGACACUUAAAUAUGUAUUGAAUAUUCAAUUUUUGUUGUUACAAAUAAAUCUUCUUGAGUGCAA